AAUUAACAGUCUCGGUCAAAUAUAUUUGUUUGCAAAGGUUUAUAUUUUUAUGUGUGGCUUCUGUACAUUACAAAAGAUGCCUCGAGAAAAGAAAGAGAUUGUGAUGCCAAGUAAAAAGUCAAACAUUUUUUAUGAGAACUGGAAGGUGUAUUCUCGUCAACAUAAACUAAUGUUUCGUUGUAAUGAGAAAAAGGCACAAUGGUACCUCAAGAGAAAUUUGGCAAAUAUAAUAGAUAGUGAACCAAAGGCAAUAGCUUUAAACUUUGAGACAAAGGGAAAUGGGCAUAAAGAGGGUGAUUAUAUGGUCCAGGAUAGAUCGAAUGUGUGUGUUGGUUGUGGACAAAACGAACAUUUGACAGUUCAUCACGUUGUUCCUGAAAUGUAUAGACAUUGGAUGCCACUGGUGAUCAAAUCCAAGUCAAGUAGAGAUUUAUUGUUAUUAUGCAAACAGUGUCACACAAAGUAUGAAGCAGAUGCAACCUUAUUAAAGAAACAAUAUGCGAAACAAUUUGAUAUACCAUUGGAAGGGAAAGGUUGGGUAAAUUUGCCAGAGCAUAGAAAAGCAAGAAAGGCAGCAUCUGCUUUGAUCCAUGCUGCUGAUAAAAUACCACAAGAGAGACAGGCUGUCUUGGAAACGAUUGUAAGAGACUUUUGGAAGAAGCACCAUGAUGAAUCAGUUAAUCGUGAAACGAUGCUAAAGAGAUGUAGCGAGUUAGAAGACUUUUAUAAGGGACCUGAUUUUAUAGAACAUGGGCAAGGAGUGAUAGGACAGCUGAUGGAACGUCAUAUCGUGGAGGGAGAGUUAUCCUUUUGGCCUGAUUUAGAAAACUUUAUUAAAGAGUGGCGACAACAUUUCAUAGACCAUCUAAAGCCAACUCACUUAAGUGAGUUAUGGACUGUAGAUGGUGACAUUUAUACUAGAUGAACUUACUAAAUUAAAGCCAUGCUACCUUAUUCUUGUUUUGAUUGAAUAUGUAAUUUGUAGAAUUGGCCACAUCUUAUGACAUAAAUACAUAUAUUGAGCUAUUUGUAUGUUUAGCAUCAGAACGCUCACUUUGUAUUUCGAAAUAUAAUAAAAAUAAUAGCAAGUGUUUUUGUAUGCGAUUGGAAUAUACGUGUACAACAAUUACAAUGAUAAUAAUUACAAAAAGAGGCACCUAUUGUUCAUCUUUUACUGCCAGACAAAUAAAGCACGCUAAUAAGCAAGAUAUGCAACAUGAGUUAUUUUUAUGUACUCUUGUCUUUUCAUGAACUAUG